AUGUCGCGUCAGGGUAACAUUGUCUUCUCAAUGUCGCGUCAGGGUAACAUUGUCUUUCCCCAGUCUGGUCGGGGUAACAUUGACUCUCCUCCAAGUCAGGGUAAUAUUGUCUUUCCCCAGUCGGGUCGGGGUAACAUUGUCUCUCAUCCAAGUCAGGGUAACAUUGUCUCACCCAUGUCGCGUCAGGGUAACAUUGUCUUCUCAAUGUCGCGUCAGGGUAACAUUGUCUUUCCCAAGUCUGGUCGGGGUAACAUUGUCUCUCAUCCAAGUCAGGGUAACAUUGACUCUCCUCCAAGUCAGGGUAACAUUGAUCCUAGUCAGGGUAACAUUGUCUUUCCCCAGUCGGGUCGGGGUAACAUUGACUCUCCUCCAAGUCAGGGUAACAUUGAUCCAAGUCAGGGUAACAUUGUCUUUCCCCUGUCGGGUCAGGGUAACAUUGAUCCUAGUCAGGGUAACAUUGUCUCUCCUCCAAGUCAGGGUAACAUUGAUCCUAGUCAGGGUAACAUUGUCUUUCCCCUGUCGGGUCAGGGUAACAUUGAUCCUAGUCAGGGUAACAUUGAUCCUAGUCAGGGUAACAUUGUCUCACCUCCAAGUCAGGGUAACAUUGUCUCACCUCCAAGUCAGGGUAACAUUGAUCCUAGUCAGGGUAACAUUGUCUUUCCCCAGUCUGGUCAGGGUAACAUUGCCUCACCUUCCCUUUGA